GCCCCAGCACUCUUCAUCUCCCAUGGCGGAGGCCCUUUUCCCGUCUUCCUUGAGGACCACGAAUCCUACCGCCAAAUGCUCCGCGAUCAGACUCACUACUUUGACAAUGUCCGAGCCAUCAUCGUCCUGACAGCCCACUGGGAAACGGACCAACCCCACAUCACCGGCUCCGACAACCCGGAGAUCUUCUACGACUACGAUCUCGAGGGUAUGCGCAGCAAGCUCCCGAAGGAGGCUUUCCAGAUUGAAUACAAAGGCAAAGGCAAUUCAGAACUAGCUAGUUCCAUUGCCGAGCGUCUGCGUACGGCAGGCUUCACUCCUGUGGUCGAGAACCGUGCAUGGGAUCACGGCGUGUAUGUUCCGUUGGGCACCAUGUUCCCGGACGGCAACAUCCCAAUCGUGCAGAUGUCCAUCCUGAGAGGUGAUUCUGAGCAAGAUGUUACCGAGAAGAACAUCCGUCUGGGAGAGGCGCUCGAGGAAUUCCGCGACCAGGGCUUUGCCGUUGUGGGCAGCGGCGGAUCUUGCCACGACUUUUCAGUGGUUGGUGCUGCCUACUUUGAUCCGGAAGAUAAAUUGCCGUGGCCUCCGAGAGAAAUUCAGCUAUUCGAAGACUUCUUGCGAAAUGGCGCGCAGACCAAAGACAAGGGACAAAGGCUGAAGUUCCUUCGUGGGUGGCCCGAGGCCCCGGGGAGACACUUGGCCCAUGUACCUGGGAGUGUGGAGCAUCUGAUGCCGUAUAUUGCUGUUGCUGCAAGCGCUGGCAAUGACUCGGGCAGAAGACUUGGUCAGUGGGAUUUCAAGGGCACGCCUUACGGAGUGUAUAUGUGG